CUCCUGGCUUCCCUUCCCUUCCCUGCCAUGCCAUUUAUUUCCUUCACCUCUCUCUAGAUCGGCACCGCAAUAACAUUCUCUCCUUCCUCCUCGCGCGGCUCCUGCUCUUUGCUCAACUGCUCCACUACCCCCAAGUCCCAGGCCCCAACCAACCCCCCACACCCUCAUGUCGCCGCGGCGGUGAAGGGCAAUCAGCAGCAGCAGGAGGCAGGCACCGGCGGCGGAUGCAGCAGCGGAGCAUGGCUGCGUGAUUUCUCUGCCGUUCUUUGUUGGUCGGAGGGGGCGAGUGGUUUUGGAAGUAGGAGCGAUAGCUUCGGGCACGAUGCAUUGGGCAGGGGUCGUCCUCCUCGCCCUGCACUGCGGGGUGGUGCUCCUGCGGUGCUCGGCGGCGGCGUCUGCCGUCGGCGGCGAGGUGUCGGCGCUCAUCGCCUUCAAGCGCGCCGUCAUCGAGGACCCUCACUCGGCGCUCGCCGACUGGACCGACGCCGACGGGAACGCCUGCGACUGGCACGGCGUGAUCUGCUCCUCGGCGCAGGGCUCCGUCAUCUCCCUGAAGUUGUCAAACGCCUCGCUCAAGGGAUUCAUCGCACCAGAACUCGGGCGACUGGUUUUCCUGCAAGAGCUGUAUUUGGAUCACAAUCUGCUUUUUGGGACAAUUCCAAAGCAACUAGGUUCACUGAGGAAUGUUAGGGUCUUGGAUUUGAGUGUUAACCGGCUUGCUGGCCCUAUACCUCCUGAGCUGAGUGGAUUGAGGAGCUCGAGCGUAAUAAAACUGCAUUCCAAUGGGCUAACUGGGAGUAUACCACCGGAGCUAGGAAUGCUACAGAAUCUAGUUGAGCUUAGGUUGGACAGGAAUAGACUGAAAGGAUCAAUUCCAGGUAGCAAUGCUACUGGUUAUUCUCCUGCAGCAGAUACUGGAUCCAUAGCUCGUAAUGGACUAUGUCCUUCUCGAUUAACUGUUGGAGAUUUCUCUUACAACUUCCUUGCUGGAAAAAUCCCACCUUGUUUGAAGUAUCUUCCAAGGUCAAGUUUUCAGGGGAAUUGCUUUCAGGAUGAGUACUCUAUCCGACAACGAGCUUCUCAGAUUUGUAAAAGUGGUUCUACGGCUGGCAGUUUGAAGGGAUUUAAACGCCCCACUUCUGAGCAUAAGCAUGAUAGAGUCCAGCAACCAACUUGGCUUAUUGUUCUGGAAAUCGCAACUGGUGUUCUUCUGCUUGUUUUUGUUAUCACUGGUGCAAUAACUGCUUCCAGAAGCUGCAAGCUAAAGCCUUCUAUAAGAAUAUCCUCUUGGAACAGAUCAAAAAGUUGGAGCGAUGAGAUAACAGUAUUGAUUGAUUCUGAUAUGCUGAAAAGUUUGCCAAAGCUAAGCCGUCAGGAGCUUGAAGUGGCCUGUGAGGAUUUUAGUAACAUUAUUGGCUCAACUCCGGAGACGGUAGUCUACAAAGGAACUAUGAAUGAUGGACCUGAGGUUUCUGUUAUAUCAUUAUGUGCCUUUGAAGGUCAUUGGACUAGCCAGCAUGAACUCUUUUACCAAAAGAAGGUUAUUGAUCUGGCAAGACUGAAUCAUGAGAAUAUAGCAAAGUUCCUGGGCUAUUGCAGAGAAAGUGAUCCAUUUUCCAGGAUGCUGGUCUUUGAAUACGCUUCAAAUGGGACCCUAUAUGAGCACCUACAUUAUGGGGAAGCAGCCCAAUUAUCUUGGCUAAGGCGAAUGAAAAUAGCCAUUGGUAUUGCCCAAGGUUUAAGGUAUCUGCACACAGAGUUGCAGCCUCCAUUCGCUAUAUCAGAGCUGAACUCCAAUUCAGUUUAUGUUACAGAAGAUUUUAUUCCCAAGCUUGUCGAUUUUGAAUGCUGGAAAAUGAUGUUCUCGAAACACGAGAAAUCUCUCGGACACUUCAAUACCAAAGCCUUCUGUGGUAGAAUUGACUCUUCAGAGGAUAAACAUGCUGAUGUUCAGGGCAAUACAUUUGCCUUUGGAGUGAUUUUACUGGAGAUCAUUAGUGGGCGGCUUCCUUAUUGCAAGGACAAAGGCUAUCUGGUAGACUGGGCUAUCAAGUAUCUCCAGCAGCCCGAGGAGAUCGGAAAGCUAGUCGACCCGGAGCUGACCAACGUCAGGACCGAGGACCUGGCGGUGAUCUGCAGCGUGGUGAGCCGCUGCAUCGACCCCGACCCGUCCAAGAGACCGUCGAUGCAGAUCAUCGCAGGGGCGCUGGAGACCGGCAUCGACCUGUCCGCUGCCGGCAUCCUGAAGGAGUCCUCUCUGGCGUGGGCAGAGCUCGCCCUGGCGUUGUAGCAUACAACUCUCCUGUGCCUCGCCGCGUCCCGCUGUAAAUAAUUUUCGGCGUCGCGGUAACAAAAACUGAUACUGAUCUCUACCUACACCCACUGUCAUGGCUCCAAAAUAUAUACAGGGACUAAGGCAUGUGGGCAGGCGGGAAUUUAGCUCAGCUUCGCACGUUAACACCUGACGGAUUCUGUCGACUCUGUAACUCUGUGUUGUGUUUUUACAGUUUGUGAGUGUGAGUGGGGCUCUGCAAUGCUGCUCCACGCCUCCACCGGUCUGCUUCGAGAAUGAGAUGAACCUUGGUUGUGCUAUAGUGUGGUGAAUUGAAUCUGAUUUGGUGCCUGCCCAAAUCUGUACUGUACAUUUUUUCGAUUCGUGCAAAACCUGAAGUCCUGAACCCUGAAGAGAAAGCUAGUUCAAUGGCAUCGUCUGUUUUAUACUAGUAAUAAAGAUUUACACUGAUAA